UAUUGUCGACGGUCGGAAUCGAAUGUGAACAGUUUUUGUGGCGCUUGUUUUCUGGUUUUGCAUGAAAAAAAAAAUAAGUAAAAGUGUUAUAAACCGAUAUCAUCUAAUAAGUGAAAUAAACGCGAAACAGAAGGUCAAAAAUCUAAUAAGUUUGUUGAAAGUAAGGCAACUAAUUUCACCAAAAAUAAAAGUUAAUGUUCGACAGUAAUCAUACAUCUGACAACUGUCGUACCAUUCACAUCGUGAACUCUGACAACCGAAACUAUUGCAGAACAAGUGAAACAUUCAUCUAAAAAAAACAGCAAAAAACAGCGCUGCAUUAUUACUGCGCUUACGCCGAUUGCAUUGCCCAUGUACAUCAUAAAGCCUGGCGAGCUAAAAUCACACGUUGACCAACGUUUACAUCCGCCAACAUAAGCGGCGAUGCAUGCGCAUUUUUGUGCACUAUAAUCAAUGUUUCGAAGCGCCAUCUGAACAAGAAAGAACAAUUACAACAAGUUACAGCACAACUCGAAAACGGAGAGGCGGAGAGGAGAAUCCGGUUUCCAAACCCCUCCGAGAGGAGCGAGAGAACGUACUGUCCGGUUGUGAGAGAGGCGCCGCUACGCCAUCAUCAUUUGUACCAUCAUCGUGGGGCGGCCACUAUCAUCAUCAACUCGCUCGCUCGCACGCUCGCUUCUAGUGUUGCACGCGAAGAGCCGGCAGAUUACAACUAUUGUGUUGUGUAGCGGAAACGGCUGCAAACCGCCCGCUGCAGUCUACCGUCAGCUCUCGAACCGCUUAGAAUGUAUCUAUCGAUUCGGCGUCGAGUGUUGCGAAGAAUGAACAUCUUUUCUCUUGAAUGAAUCUCAAAUUCCUUAACGAGACAAAGGAAGAAGUGAGAGCCAAAGAAAAGCAUAGGCCAGUGACGACGAAACAAAGACGUCUCGCGAAUUGAGUGAGUCAUCAUACCGAUAAAAAAGAAAAAUCAUCCCAACGACACGAGACACAGGCGGCAGGCGGCAACCAAAAGAGAGAGAAAUCUGAUCCACUAUUAUUGGCUCGGAAAUUGGCUCGUGAAAGUGUUGUACACACGUAACAAUCGGUAAUAUAAACAGAUAUCAACAAGUCGCGCGACAAGUAAGAAAAGUUAUCACUUUCGACUCCGGAAUAAUGGCAAUAGUUGACAUCGACACAGUCAUUACCGCCGUGUUCCGAACGACCGUUCUUCCCGGGAUUAUCAUUACGCUAUGGCUGACGGAUUUAAUAUGCCUGACGACGUGCAAAAUCAGCAUCCUGGUGUUUGUGAUUAUAUUUAUAGUGCUGCCGUUAAUCUUUAAAUACUCAUACGCACUGCAAAAGGGAAUACUGUUUCUCACCUUCAUCACCUAUCCACCGAACUUAGAUCUCAAACGGCCAGAGAAAAGCGGUCUGUACGCGACCAGAAACUUUUACAUCACCUAUCGCGAUCAGGAGGAAGAUAUCGAUGUGGACAUUGCGGCGUGGCACAUACUUCCGAACGAUCUCGUGCGGCGUUGCGGACGAGAACUACAAGUUGAUGAGCAAACCAUGCCAAACACCACGGUGUCCGAGGAAAUCCGAACUCAGAUCGAGGAAUUCUCGAACAAGGACAGCUCAAAGUAUCGUGCCAUCGAGAAAAUCCUCCACCGCGGUAACCUAGAUCUGGCGGAUGAAGCCACCCAGAAGGAACUGUUCGAGGAAACGCUCAGAGCGACCACCAAUGACAUCGUGCUGUAUCUGCACGGAAACACCGCCUCUCGGGGAGCAUCCCACCGGGUGGAGCUGUAUCAGUUGCUGCGCAACCUAAACUACCACGUGAUAACACUGGACUAUCGCGGGUAUGGUGAUUCGGCGCCAAUUUCCCCCACGGAGCGAGGCGUUGUGUAUGACGCGCUUGCCGUUUAUCAGUAUAUUACUAGUAUUAGUAAAAAUCCGAUCUAUCUGUGGGGUCAUUCGCUGGGAACUGGCGUAGCGACGCACUUGCUCUCACUGCUGACCGAUAUGAGUCUGCCGGGGCCAAAGGCGGUCGUGCUGGAGAGUCCCUUCAAUAAUAUUCGCGAGGAAAUUUGUGCCCAUCCGUUUUCGAAGUUGUACCGUCACUUACCUUGGUUUGAUUUUAUGAUCUCGAAACCCAUGUAUUCUAAUCAGCUGCGCUUCGAGUCCGACCAGCACAUUGCUGAGUUCCGACAGCCAGUGUUGAUUCUGCACGCGGAGGAUGACCACGUGGUUCCGUUUAAGCUAGGUUACAAGCUCUAUCGCACCGCGUUGGACACUAGGGGGAAAUCGUGGGGACCCGUUGAGUUCCACCGUUUCGAAAAAACCAGCCACUAUGGCCACCGGUAUAUCUGCCGUGCGCCCAAUUUGCCGGAAAUUGUGGUUAAUUUUUUCCGCACCUAUCGCAGCGAAGAGUACUAGAAAGGGAGGAGGAAUUUUGUGAGUGGACGAUUCUUGUGAUGUUUUAAAUUCAUAGUAACAGUUUACAAUAAUGUGAGAGUAAGAGCAAUUACAAGACUAGAAAGUCGCUGCAGCGAGGCGAUAUUUAGAGAUAAAAUAACAAACAAACAAUACGAUAGAUAGAUAGAGGAGUUUUUUCUCUUUAAAUAAGGGUGAUACCGAUUGAACGAAGAAGUUCUACCGGAGCUAGAAUUGGGAUGUGAAUUUGUAAGCGUGUUAACAAAUCUUUGACUCAGAACCCUGUAGGCUAGAAUCCUUGUAGCUAGAGAUUUUUGAACUGGAUGCGUACAUGCGUGAGAAAAGCACAUAGUAGUGAUAAUAAAUAUUAUUUUUUUCAAAUGAAA